AUGGCCGAUACGCAAUUUGACAGUGCCCUUGACCUCCUCCGCCGCCUCUCGCCGCGAGACACGAAACGCAACCUGCAGGCGAUCACGACUCUUGUCCCGGACCUGACCGAAGAUCUCCUUGCCUCCGUGGACCAACCCCUCGAGGUCCGGCGAUGCGCCAAAUCCGGCCGCGACUACCUGCUCUGCGACUACAACCGAGAUGGAGACAGCUACCGGUCGCCUUGGAGCAAUGAGUUCGACCCGCCUCUUGAGGAUGGCACCGUUCCGAGUGAAAGGGUGCGGAAAUUGGAGGUUGCGGCCAACGAGGCCUUUGAUGUAUACCGCGAGCUCUACUACGAGGGCGGGGUGAGCAGCGUCUACUUCUGGGAUCUGGAUGACGGAUUCGCGGGGGUUGUCUUGCUGAAGAAAGGUGUCACCCCCGGCUCGAAGAGCACCGGCGCGUGGGACAGCAUCCACGUCUUCGAGGCGACGGACCGCGCCCGCAUGUCGCACUACAAACUGACGAGCACGGUCAUCUUGCACCUGGCCAGCGAGACAGAGGCCCUGGGAACGAUGGACCUCAGCGGCAACAUGACCCGGCAGGUGGAGGCCGAUCUGCCCGUUGAGUCUGACGCGAGCCAUGUCGCCAACGUCGGUAGACUGGUUGAAGAUAUGGAGUUGAAAAUGAGGAACUUGCUCCAGGAAGUAUACUUUGGAAAAGCAAAGGAUGUGGUUGGCGACCUUAGAAGCAUCGCUCCGCUGUCAGAGACCAACAAAGAGAGGGCUGCCCACAGGGAGAUGAUCAACUCCAUGAAGGUGGCAUCAUAG